AUGCUUAGAGCCUCAUCAGUUGGUUCAUGUUCAUUAAUAGCUCGUAUUGGUACCUUAAUUGCCCCAGUGUUAGUAUUUUUAAACACUCGUUGGCCUGCAAGUGUUUAUUUAAUUAUUGUCUUAAUUGGGUCAAUAAAUUUGUUGAUUUCUUGGUUAUUUUUAAUCGAAACAAAGGGAAUUAAUUUGGAUUCUGUACAUUUACAUGAAGAUAAUAAACAACACGAAUUUAUUGGGAACGAAGAAAUGAAAAGUCUAAAAAUUGAAGUAAUUAAAAGAUAAAUUUUGCUAGAGCUUUGUAAAUUUUAUGAUUUUUUUUGAAAUUUUCGAGCCCUUUCUGGUAAUAUUUUGCUUCGUACUACGCAUUUUUCCUUUACUUUUUUUAUUCCACUAGAAGGUGGGAAUUAAGUGCUUUUUUGAUAUUUUUGAGAUUUGCCAUAUAUAAUAUUUGUGUUGAGUUCGAACUGUUAGAGAUUUGUUUAGUGUCGAAGGCCUAUGAGGUGGUUAUAAUAAU